AUGCAUUACGCUCUCCAAAUGCGGCCACACAACGCAUCUCACAAAAUUUGUUGUGCUGUCACAGAAUCGCAAAUGACUUGGCAACCAAUCGAAGAUCCAUUCGAUGUGAUGAUUAUCGGUGAUAAACGCUAUGAACAUUUUGGAGGUAAUUAUAAUGCUUUUUUCAAACAACUCAAAGAAUGGUUUCCCGAUGAGAGCGAUAAAAUCAGUGCAUAUGAACAACAUGUUGGCCAAUGUUUGGGUGAGGCAAUCUGGUGGUUUCGCAUCAAAUUCAUUCCAAUUUUCAUCACUCGCUUAUUGAUCAAGUCUGGUUUACUGGAUUUGAUCACGAAAAUGCGCAAACAUAUCGCUCAAACGCUUCAACAAUCAAUGCAACAAUUCGGUUUCAGCAAACAACUUCAAGCAGUGUGCUCAUAUUACUGCGUGAAUUAUGGUAACAUUCUUGCUUGA